CAAAUUUUGGAUUUUUAUUUGAGUCAAUUUUGUCCAUACAUACAUACAUGCAUUGUAUGUCUAAUGGCAAGUCGUAUAAGAAAUAAUGGUAACAACAACAUUGACGUUAGUAUACGAUGGCAAUUGAAACCGACACACAACGAACAACGGCGCAUGUGUAAAGUCAGAAACCAAACUCUUUUUCAAAUUUGGAAAAAAAACAAACGAAAAUUUAAAGUGACCAAAGAGAAAAGUUUUUAAAGAAAAAUUAUUUAGAAAAGUUAAAACGGGCGUUCUCCAUUGGUGUUUGGAUAAGUGCAAGAAAUACAGAUAUUUUUUAAAUAUUAUUUGAUAGUGAAUUUAAACAAAAAUUAUAAAAAAAAAACUAAAUUUUAAACUGUCAAAGCUUUUGCCAUUAGUGAAGUGUUUAGUUCCCCAUUCUGGGAAACGCCAAAUAGAAAUAUGAGUUUUCCGGUGUUCGGCAGCAUUUACCAUCGUCUUUUAUUCAUUUUGCCAUUGGCAGCGGAAAGUUUCAACUAUGACGAACCGGAGAAAUGGCAUUUGGAUUUUUCUAAGUGUGGCGGCAACAAACAAUCACCCAUAAUUAUAUCAACGCCAAAGUCAGUUGAUGUUCUUAUUAAUCCCAUGGAAUUUGUUUACUACGACAUACCUUUAUCAGAAUCUGUUCAUCUGCGUAACAAUGGUCAUACAGUGGAGUUUUCUAUUCCUCCUACCAUUUUGGGUGAGAAACCUUAUAUUCGUGGAGGAUUAUUGGAUGAUACCUAUGAAGUUGAGCAGGUGCAUUUUCACUGGGGCUCUCCAACACGUAAGGGUUCCGAGCAUAUUGUUAAUGGCAAUCGAUAUGAUGUUGAGAUGCACAUCGUACAUCGAAAUAUCAAAUACCCCAAUGUGGAUGUGGCACAACAGUUUGAAGAUGGUUUUGUUGUGUUGGCUGUAUUGUUCAAAGUGGUGAAGUCUGAAAAUGUUUUCUAUCCCGGCCUAAAUGCAAUCUACGAUAAUUUGGAGUAUGUGCAAGAAUUCAAUAGUUCAGCUACAGCCAUGGAUUUAAUGAGUUUAGGUUCAUUGCUGGGUAAUAUAAAUCGUGAAGAUUUCUAUACCUAUCAUGGAUCUUUGACCACUCCGCCAUGUUCCGAAUCUGUGUCUUGGAUAAUAUUUGCGGACAUUUUACCCAUAUCAUAUAAAGAGCUUCCCAAAUUUUGGAACAUUUUAGAUGAACGCGAUGAUACCAUUGUUAAUAUUCGUCCCAUACAAUACAAAGGUUUUCGAAAGGUUUUUCAUCGCAAACCUUUAUUAACAUUUAAAUAUCUUGGCUGGUUAAAGUAAAGAUUAAGGCGAUGGAAGCUUAACAAUUUUUAUAUAAUUCGAUGGCAUUUAAAACUUAUUUAUUUUGAAGUUAUUUGUAUUUUCUUGUGGGAAAUCCUACUACUAGAAUUUAAGAUAGUCAAAUAUU